UGUGAGUGGGAUUUUUAUGGGCAUGAUCCGACUUUUUCCAAGGUCUUUUGGUAUGGUAUAAAACGCCGAGGAUGUCCCUUAGUCGGCACUAUCCACUUAGCAACGUGUGGUAGAUCUUCUCCUUUGGCUUCAGCAUGCAAUACCUGAUUGUCCUCCUUUUGGCCGUUGCGGCUUCAGCCACUUACGACUAUGGUCACUCAUACUAUCCAUCCAACUAUGGACACAGUUAUGGUGGCUAUUACGGAUAUGGCAACCUUGGCUACAGCGGCCUCGGAUAUGGAGUAGGCGGAUACUCCUACGCUCCAACCAGCUAUUACAGCGGUGGUGCUGCCAUCUCUAAGUACAUUUCCCCAGCUGUGACCUCUUAUGCUGCCCCAGCUGCUGCCAUCUCUUAUGCUGCACCAGCUGUAUCCACAGUCGCUGCUGCCCCAGCUGUAUCCUACGUUAAGCCAGCUGUCUCUUACGCAGCUGCCCCUGCCGUUUCCUACGUUAAACCAGCUGUCACCUACGCAGCUGCCCCAGCCGUAUCCUACGUCUCCCGCCCAGCAACCACCUACGCAGCUUCUCCAGCCGUAUCCUACGUCUCCCGCCCAGCAGCCACCUACGCAGCUGCACCAGCCGUAUCCUACGUCUCUCGCCCAGCAGCCACCUACGUAGCUGCUGCUCCAAGAAUCCAAAAGUACGUAGCUCCAGCUGUCACUUCUUACGCAGCUGCCCCAGCUGUCUCCUACGUCAAACCAGCUGUUGCCACCGUUGCAGCUGCCCCCACCACUUACGUAGCUGCUGCUCCUCGUUAUGAAAAAUAUGUUGCUCCAGCCGUAACCACCGUUGCCGACGCUGCCCCAGCUAUUUCUUACGCAACUGCUCCAGUCUCUCGAUACAUUUCUGGUCAUCAUUCCUAUGCUGCCCCCGUCUACAGCUACUCUUCUGGAGCUUACCCCUCUUACACCUAUUCCUCCCCCUCCAUCUUGAGCCCUUACAGCUACGGAUCUUACGGAAGCUACGGAUCCUACCAAUCUUCUCCCUACAGCUACGUUUACAAGAAAUGAAGAGUGAAGUGAUGCUAGGAUGUUUUUCGAUCCACUCUAAAAUGCUGUGUAGCAUCGAUCAAAAAACUGUUUUCUUCUAAAUGUGUUAAGUUUUCUAUAGAUAAAUAAAAGCUUUAUUUACGUAA